AUGGCCAGGUUUUUGCUUACACACAACUUUUUUCGAUUUGAGGGGGAUUUCUUUUUCCAAAGGUGUGAACCUGAAUUAUUAGUGGAAAUAGACGAUCCCUAUGAUGAGAUUGUGAUUGGUGAUACUAUCAAACUUCACUGUUUAACAAACUCAACUGAAGCAAAAGAAUUACGUUUAGUAUUGAACGGGACAAAUGUGAAUAUGACAUUAAAACAAACUAUGUCAAAGUUUGAACUCACCAAUGCCAAGGAAAACCACACUGGCCUUUACACCUGCCAAUAUUGCUCUCAGUCUGCAUGCUCAAGACCUAGUGAGGAAUUGAACAUUUAUGUCAAAGAUACCCUCAAAGAACCAAAUAUAAUAGUUGAACCACAUAUGAUUGUCCAGCCGGGACAAGUUGUCACAAUAACAUGCAGUACUCUCUACUCAGAUGUAAUGUUUUCCUUUUAUAAAAAUAAUGUUUUACUUAUGGAGGAUACUAAAGGCGGAAAUUAUUCUUCAUAUCAAAUUAAAAAUGCAAGAGAAAAAGACAUGGGACAAUAUUCAUGUUGCUACAGAAAAAAAAUAGACAAUAAAAUAAUUCAUUCUGAGUCAAGCAAUCCUUUGCUGAUACAAAUUAAAGAAAUUCCAAAACCUUCUAUUGCUUGGGAAGCAGAUCCAAAUGGAAAUGGAACUGUCAGAAUUUUCUGCAGAACACCAAGUAAAUACAAUAAAAUAUGGUUUCAACUGUUGAUGGAUGAAGAAAAUCUUGUGGAUGAAGUGACAGUUGUGAACAAGGAUUAUGGGAUGUUUGUCAUUAAUGAUCCAGCUCAAAUUAAGCAGAACUUUUACUGCACAUAUAAGAUAAUGAUCGAUUACAAUUAUGCGUAUUCUAAACUAAGUUAUCCUUUGUCCAUUGUGGAAGGUGAUGAUGAUUAUACCACGCAUAACUCAAUCCGCCUUCUGCUCUCAACAGCUAUCUUCAUUUUUAUGGGUAUCAUUCUAUAUAAACAUUUUCAUACUUUGCAGAGGAUUAAACAGCCACCUCUACCAGAACGUUCUCUGAGUCAGCUUGCCAGGGGCAUGAAGGAAACAGAUGUUAUAAUGGAUACGUACCAAUAG